AUGCGGCAGCCACGACCUGCUGCCGCCACCCCAGGGCAUGUUGUGCGCGGUGGCGUACAAAAGCGGGUUGUGGCCCCAUCGGCCGGUGGUCGCAACCCCCAGGCCGGAGGCGGUCGAUUUCUGCCGGGAUUUGGUUGCAACAACAUCGAUCCGACUGAUGGCACCCACAACUGGAGUGAACAACAACGUCGAGGUCCAGCCCGUGAUGGCUAUUGCGGCGCAUCCCAUCAGGGCAGCUACGGUCUUCCUCGGUCUGCGACAUAUGUCGGCGAUGCUUCAGAUCCCCAGGCUCCAAUGGUGUUUUCCUUCCCCGACGACACCUCUGAGGCCUUGGAAGAUGUGGAUGAUGUUGACAUGUUUUGCAGUGAAUGGAGAUCUGAAUGCAGUUACUCUGGUGCUGCUGCUCGUACUACUACUGCUUUCUCUAGUGCUGCUGAUGGUCCUACUACUGCCUUCUCAGCCACCGUCAUCAUUGUCUGUCCCUGUCCCUGUUUGUCUCCCUCUGUGGCUGCUUACUUGAUGCUUGCCUCGUGUAGAUGUAUUGAGGACGCAAAGGCUAUGUACAAGUCUGAAGACAGGCAAAAGAGAUCAUUUCGGUUUAUGGAUUGGUGGAAACAAUUGAGAGGACAAGCAAAAUGGAUGGCUAAACUAGACGAAUUGGUUGGGAAGUCAUCUAAUAAGAAGCAAAAGGAAACCUCCAAUUCGAGUCUGCCUACACCUUCGCUCACUACCGCAGAUGGACAUGAAGUUUCUGCUUCAGAGGAGAAUACAUUGUCAAGACUAAUGGGCCACAAGAAGGCCAAAGCAGCACUACAUCAAGGUGGCAAAAAAGGUUGUACAGAAGCUUUAGAGAAUUUGUGGGUGAAGAAGAAAGAAUUUGAUAGUGACAAGGAGCUAAAGAAAGAUGAAAGGUUCAAACAAGCUUUUGCACUUGAACAAGAGCAGGUUGCGAAUGAGAAAUUAAAUCUUGAGUUGAGGAAGAAAGAGUUAGAAUUGAGGGCGUAG